AUGAAUUUAAUAGUUCGAUGUACAACAAUUCCCAAGAGGAAUCCUAUAGCCAUCAUUCAGUUCAUUCUCCUCUUAUUACUUAUUCAAGCCAUCCAUUACGUAGAAGCGGUGAACACACUCUAUAAUGAAUCUCAACUUCAAAUCAAUACUACCUCUGGUCGGUUCAUCGGUCUUAGCACUCAUCUCGAAACACCUCACCCUGUGAGUUGUUGGCUCGGUAUACCUUAUGCCGAGAAACCUAUUGGUCCAUUACGAUACAAAGCGCCUAUUCCUCUCAUCAACCAAACCCAAUCCUCCGAGUCCGAUCAACCGCUUCAAACAGCAUGGGAAUUUGGAAAUGCUUGUCCUCAGGGACCUUCACCAGAUAUACCGGUACCAAUCUCAGAAGAUUGUUUAUCACUCAAUAUUUAUAAACCUACUGAGCCACCACCAAGUCCAAAGCAGAAAACUUUUCAAAGUUCACAUCCACUUUUACCAAUUUUAGUUUGGAUUCAUGGAGGUGGUCUCACAUAUGGAUCUUCAUCUCAAUAUGAUGGGAGUGCCAUCGUUAGCCAUAGUCAUGGAAUGAAAAAACCUAUUAUAGUGAUCACGAUCAAUUAUCGGCUCAAUAGCUUUGGAUUUUUGGCUUCGGAUACUUUACCCGUUGAAGACCUUUCUGCUGGACUUCAAGAUCAAAUAGCUGCACUUAAAUGGAUCGGAGUCAACGCAGCCAGCUUUGGAGGAGACGUGAAAAAUCACAGAACCUCUUUAGAGCUUCUAUCAUGGACUCUGGUGGAGCAACAAGGUUGUAAUGAUCUUAAAAGUCAAUUCAUGGAUUCUUUAGAUUGUCUUAGAUCUUUACCUGAAAAACUUUUAACUAAUCUUACGGGAAAAUUAACACAGUAUGGUAGAUUUCAAAAACAAAUCAUUUGGAAUCCAACUUGGAAGAUCGGAUCUUGGAUUAAUCAAAGACCAUCUAAAAAUUUAAAAUCUAAUCAGUUUCUUAAAAUUCCUGUGAUCAUGGGAUGUAAUCAAGAUGAAGGUACUUAUGGUGGAAUUGGAGCUGUUCCAAGUUGGUCAGAUGAAGUUAUUCAUGAUUUCAAUAGGUACAUCGAUACCUCCGAUCCAGUUACUCAAAAACCCAUGAUCCUAGACCCUAAUCAAAAUCAAGAUUUAUCUUCCAACGAAUCCGAUCAACUUUUAUCAACAUUUAUAUCUAAUUCUUCAGUUUUUGAUCUUAGAACAUCAAAUCCUAAUGUGUUAAAUCGAUUAAUUCAACUUUAUCCUGAUCAAGCUGAACUGGGUGCACCUUAUUUUACUGGAAAUCAAACUUUUGGAUUACCUUCUAGUUUUAAAAGAUUAGCUGCUUGGUUCGGAGAUGCUCAUUAUGAAGCUCCUAGACGAUUAAUGUCUUCUAUUACUUCAUCUCGUCAACCUACAUAUGUAUACCGUUUCACUGGUCCAAGAAACACUUCUGAGUCUAGUUUCCUAGGAGUACACCAUAGUGCAGAAUUCGCUCUUAUCUUCGAUAGUGGUUGGUAUCAAGAUUUAACAGAUGAAGAUAAGGUUGCAACUUAUGCUUUAUCAAAAAAGAUGAGAACAUAUUAUAUUAAUUUUGUUAAUGAACUUGAUCCAGGAAAAGAUUGGCCAUUAUACAAACCAGAGAGUAAACUUGUGAUGAAACUUGAUAAAUAUAAUUCAUCAAUUAUUAAGGAUGUUUGGAGAAUUGAAGCUAUGGAUUAUAUGAACAGUGAAGAAGUAUUUGAUAUGUACUCUGUUUAGAAACCAGUUUGAUUAUUUUUUUCGCGAUUCUUUUAAAGGUUGUAAGUGAUUUGUAACAGAUGAAAUCUUUAUAAUCAUCAUACAUCUUGUUGUUGUAGAUCUCAUUGUAGAAAUGUUGUGGGUAAUUUGUACCCAAGUUAUCUUC